GGUGCCUCUCAUAGCACUUUCGAAAAGCUAGCAUCUCUGCUUUACAGGCGCGCCAAUCUUUCUUGUUAAAGUGACAGUCCUGAAGAGCUUCGUGUUCCCGAAAACAGCCAGAGUUCUUUAUGCGCUUGGUGUAGUCGUCGUCAUCGCCCUCGUCCGCGCCGGAUGUGUGAGAUUGUGGUCGUGGCUGUGGGGACAUUUCGUUGUAGAUCGUCUGAGGGAAAGAGGGGCGAUUUUUUACUGCGGCCCACCAAGCAUCAUCCACCCUGCCAAGAACCGGUCUAGAGCUUAACUCGCUGGAGUCAAUGGACCCAGUGAAGUAACGAAGGAAACCGCGAGCUGAACCGAAGCACCUAGGAGGGAAGCGACGCGCUUUUCCUGGACGCUUUUUCAAGGCAAUUUGGAUGACUAUGAUGGCCCACAGCGGCCACGAACUCAAAGGCAACACCGUCGGCACAGCUGGGCAUCACUUGGGACUGGGUCGCCUGCUUAACAAAGGUUUGACGGGACGCAACCUCUGGACUCAAACCACUAUUACUCGUGAUGGGCAUGCAGACGAGAAAGGAACGAAAUUUCGUGCGAACGAGCGUCCGAAGGGCGUGUCAAAGACUGCCUCACGACUCCCAGUUGCAUCCCAUCGCGACCCUGCACAGAUACCGUUGGAACAAUUGACAAGUGAAGGCCUAAUGUUGAAUGAGCGCGAUCUUGCUCUCGCGGUGCGCUCCGUCAAACAGUGGAAAAUGCUAGUGAGAAGGAGACGCAACCGCAAGCUUGCAGAAAGUCAUUAUAUCCACACUCUACUGAUGUCCACCUUGCGGCGGUGGCGGCAAGCAUUUGCGAGGGCACGCAUUGAUUGGAGAAAUCAUGUUAAAGCUGAUGUUCACUGGAAAUAUAUCCUGAGUUUGCGAGCUUGGCGGGGUUGGAGGUCGUACAUAAGAACCCGCACUGGUGAUCGCACUGUCAAAGAUCAAGCUGCGAUUCUUGGUCACCACCUUCGGCUGCGCCAGGCGCUUCGUACGUGGCGACAACAGCGAGAACUACAACAUGCGCUAAGCUUGCGCUAUUCGGAUGCAACGAAGCAUUACGCGAACAAGAAGAUGGAGCAGGCUUGGAAGGAUUGGCGUCAAAAACACAACAUCAACAAUCAGAAAAAGGCCACAAUGCAAUCGGCGGACGUUCUUUGGAAGUUGAAUGUUACUCGAAAAUGGAUGAGCAAAUGGAUUAGACUUUAUGCAACAAGACGAGAAACCGCGCGAAGGGCAGCGUUCGCCCUGAAGUUCAAUCAACGAACACUGUUACGCGUCGUCAUGCAGCGGUGGAUCAGCGCCAUCGAGAUGAAGGAUAUGCGAAAAAGUGAAAUUGAACGAGCAAUAGUCUUCAGCAACCGCCACCUGGCGCGAUCCGCACUGCAUCUCUGGCACCUAAAGUAUUACCAUAGACUUGCUAUGGUCGAAUUGGAAAACGUUGCUCGGCACCACCAUCGAGAAAAAAUGCUGCGAGUUAUCUUCCAUGGCUGGCAGACAUACCAAUCGGUGGCGGCAGAACAGCGUCUCUCGAUGCAAAAGGCGCAAAAGUUCUAUGAUUCCCUGCUAAAGCGUCGAAGCCUCAGAUGUUUGAAAGCUCUACCGCGACUGAGUGAGGGUGCAGACAUGCAGUAUUGCCGUAAGGUAUUGCGAAGUGCGUGGCAUCGUUGGCGCACAUUAAACGCAGCCCAUGUGCGGCUACGCGAACUUGAAGAGGUUAAAGCGGGUGUCGAACACUUUCGGUGGCGUUUGAAACGGCUGACCUUUGCAGAAUGGAAAGCCUUCGUUAAUGAGAGGCGGGUUGAAAAGGAGCGAUACCAUAAAGCCGAAGACUUUCGUGAUCGACAACUAUUGCGGCACGCCAUUCGAACGCUUCAAAACCAUGCUAUUGUAGCUUCUUUGAAAAAGCGUCAACGUGAUGCAGCAGCGCAGCAUUACAGCUGUACUCUACUACGACGAUUUUGGGUUACGUGGACUACCGCUCUCACUGAACGUCAAAGUGAACAUAUCCUUACAAAAAAGCUCGCGACCUUCCACGAUACAUUGUGUAUGAGAAAUGCGCUGAACGUUCUCCGGCGGCACGCGAGGUCGCAAAUUGACGCCCGAAAUAAGCAGGCGCUAGCCAUAUAUCAUCGGAAUUCUGCCGUGGCUCGUAAAGUGAUAAAUGCUUGGUGGGUGUAUGCAGAUGAAUCCAGUCAUAAAAUGUCAAGAUGGCGGCAGGCCGUUCGGCAUCGGUAUCUGAAUGUGAUGAGGCUGGUAUGGAAAAUAUGGCGUAAGAAGCUGGAGGAGGUACACCAAGAUCGAGUAAAAUGGCGAAUGGCCGUCGCGCAUGCAGACCGGCAGACUCAACGACAAUAUAUUUUCGCGUGGAAGUCAGCCGUGGAUGCACGCUCUGCCUUUCAUGCUGUAUAUUCAAACUUUGCGGAUCGGCGGGCUUAUAGGCUUCUCCUACACUCUAUGCGAACAUGGCGUGAGAGAAUGAUUGAAUCGCGCCAAAAUCGUUUGGAACUGGCUCAUGCGUUGCAAAAAUGGGAACAACGGUUAUGUCGUAAGAUUAUUCAUGGUUGGAAAGAGUAUGCCGAUGUGCGCUCAGAAGAGAGAGCAUUUAAACAAAAGGUUCUCGGCGAAGCACAUGCCGCAUUAUCGCGUGUGAAAUUGCAAUGUGCUAUGAGAAAGUGGAUCUUCCGUUUUCGCAUUGAAAGAUACAAGAGAGCUCUCGAAGUCGAAGCUGCACGAUUUCAUGAACGUUCCCUGGUGGGCAAGGCACUGUAUGCUUGGAAGGGACUUUGUGCUCAUCAGCGCUGGACCAAGAAAUCCCUGAAAAAGUCGACUGCGUUCCAGCACCGUAAGCUAUUGAGUCGGUACUUUCAAUGUUGGUAUUCUUCACGUCCAGACUGGGCUGCGAUUUACGAAUCAAAUGUUCGCCAACCCAUCAUUUUCUGGGGCAUGGGAAUAACGCGCAAGACCUUCCAUGCAUGGAUAGAGUACGUGCGAACCAAGCGAGAGCUGAACGAGAGGAUCAAGGAUGCCAUGGGAUGGAAGAGGGAGAGGACGAUGCGGAGAGUUGCUGUGCAGUGGCUCAAGGUCGCGGAGGCAAUACGCACGACGCAAACCGAAAAUGCCUUGAACGAUCAAGCUGCAACAGCCGUGGAGUCAUUGCGCAAGGUGCAAAAAUUUGCUUUCAAAUGGCGGGCUAAGGUGCUGGCGUCAAGGGACCACAGACCACUGUCGGAGACGGUCCAUCGUAAGGAACUUUUCCGGGAACUCGAUAAAGAGGCAUUUUUCACUAUUCCUGGACCACAAAGCAGACCUAUUCCACCAGCACAACCGAUUCAAUUAUACCCGGAGCGGUUGCGGAGCACAACGCCUGCUCCGUCCGCCGUGGUACCGCCCAAGAAACAAAAUUCUGAAAACCUGCCUGUAGCUGUCCCGCCGAUCCCCAAACCUCCCAUUCCACGGCGUCCGAGACCGCCACCGAGAAAGCCUGGGUUUUUGCUUGAAGACCCUUUUAUAGCGACUGCAGUCAGUAACGGUAGUGCCAUUACCUUCGCGACACUCCUAGUACCAGAAGCGCAAGUAGGAAGUGAUGCAGUCGGCGAUUCGACUAUAAGCACAAGCGAGCACGUCCCGAAACUCACAUCGUCGAUGCAUCUUCCACCGAUAUCGCCGCAGUCACCCAUACCGCACCAGUCACAAUCAUCGCUUCGCGCAAUACCAACGAGUGGGUCACUCGCACCGAUACAUGCACUUUCAUGCGAAAGGCGUGCUACCACGCCAUCCGAACAAUUGCUAUCAUCGCGUCCAGCAAACAGUGCGAGCAUUCCACCCGCACAGUCCGAAACCACCAGACCAAGCGCUCCCCACCCAUCCAUCCAACAGCAGCCAUCGGAAAUUACGCUUAUCGAAUCCCAAUUGCAAUACUACAGUCACCUCCAGGCUCAGCACGCUCAAAACCACAUUUUGCUCACAGGCCUCCAACAGGAAGCUGACAGUGCGACGGCGCAAGGUAAGGACUGCCGUUCCGUGCUAGAGCAAAUUGAUCUUGUCAAGAAGCGCAUAAAGGAAUUUGAAGAGGGGGAGUAUGAGCGCAGAGGAAUUAUUCAAGUCCUGGCUAAGAGGGUGGAGGGAUUACUUGUACGGGGAUUAAUGUGAUACAGCGUGCUAUGGCUCGUUGUUGAACUGAACACCAGCCCAUGCUGGCAAGUUUUUGCCUUUUACGAGUCCAUGCAGGAUUUAUUAAACAGUUUUAGUUGAAAUGUCCCCCCUUUGAAAGACGUGAAUAGUGUGCCAUAAAUUCUCGGCGCGCGCUCCGUUUGUCUAUGCGGCCUCCUGUUCUCCUCCUUUGACCCAUUUAGCACACCUCCUUUUUUUGCACACACACACAAUAACACUCCCACCCG